AUGAGCAGCGGCGCGUCCACCGUGUCCCAGCAAGAGCCUCAAGCUUUCAAACGAGCCGUGAAGAAAAUAAAAUGUGCCGCUAUGGUCGCUAACUUGGCCAAAAGCUGGCAAGGCUGGGCCAACGAUCACUCAGGCAAACAGGACGCUAUCCCCAGUGGCUGGAUGCCAUCUUCCGUGGAGGAGGACUGCGAAAAGGCCAAACAACAUGUGGUAAAACUCAACGUAACCCCGCGCGUGAUUGAAGCCGACGCCAACGGACCCGGGGGAAGCGGAAUACGGACUACUACGGUCACCAAAAGCGUGCAGCCCAAACGGAGCGAGUGCAGCUGCAGUGAAGUGGUGAACGCCAUCAAGGGUAAAAUGGAGUCCGGGGAGGAGGAGUUCAAGCCGUUUUUAGGAAACGAGUCGCCUACACGCAGGCGCCAGAUGAGGGCGCUGCAGAGCGGAGUGGUGCAAGAGAGGAAGACGAUGCUGAAGUCGUCAAGGAGUAACAGUGUAGAUACGGAGGAUAGUGGGCUGGGGGAAGAGGAGAACGAGACGAAGGAUGAUAAUGACAUACUGAAGAAACUGACCAGGCCUAAGAUCAAAGUCUCCUCAAUGGGGGACAUCAAAAGCCGCUGGCAGCAGUGGUCUGUGCAGCACGUGGAGGGCCAGAAACUCAACCCCUUCAGUGAGGAAUUCGAUCACGAGUACGCCAUGGCCCAGCGCCUCAAGAAGGGCGACUCCGGCUACGGGCGCCCCAAGGAGGGCUCCAAGACUGCCCAGAGGGGGGACCGGGCGCAGCAGCACAUCCACCGCGAGAUGGAAGAAAUGGUGUGGAUCAUCAAAGACAUGGGCAUCCAGGACAAGCAGGGUCGGACCAUCAUUUCUUUCGGCCGCUUAUUCGAUCGCUACGUGAAGAUCUCUGAUAAAGUGGUGGGCAUCCUUCUCCGCUGCCGCAAACACAAGAUGGUGGACUUUGAGGGCGAGAUGCUGUGGAAAGGGCAGGAUGAUGAUGUAAUUAUAACUGUGAGGGAAGAGGGGGCUCAGUGA